AUGCCCUUGAGAGCCUUGGAAUAUUGCGUCGUACGGCAAAAACUGGAAGGAUGCCGAUGUAAUCUUGUUGGCUCGAUAAGUACCACCUGUGACAUCGUAACAGGACAGUGUCAGUGCAAGCCUCAUGUGACUGGUAGACAAUGCGACCAGUGUAUGUUUGGUUUCUGGGGUUCAACAACGGGAGCAGGAUGCGCUCCUUGCGGCUGCGAUCUUAUAGGAUCGUACAAUUCUUCUUGUCACGACAGCGCAGGACAGUGUUAUUGCAAACCCGGAGUAGCUGGCUCGCGUUGCGACAACUGUCUACCUGGGUAUUACGGAUUUUCAUCGAACGGAUGUCAAGUGUGCGAUCCGUGCGUGAGACCAGGUCACAUUUGCGAUCCUGACACAGGUCGAUGCGUCUGUCCAACCUUGACCUUUGGCGAGCAUUGCGACAGGUGCAGGCCAGGUUCAUGGGACUUGGUCCCAGGAGUUGGAUGCAGGCCUUGUGCGUGCACUCUUGGCUCGACGAAGUCUCAGUGCGAUUAUCAGGGACAAUGCCCCUGUAGAAUAGGCUACGACGGGCUUAGGUGCGAGAGAUGCGCCAAGGGAUACUAUGGCUACCCUAGGUGUCGACCUUGCAGCUGCAGUCUGGAGGGUACCUUGCAGUGUGACAACGAAAUCUGCGAUUGCAACGAGGAGGGACAGUGUCCUUGUAAGGAACUGGUGCUUGGAAGGCAGUGCAAUCAGUGCAAAGAAGGUACGUUCGGUUUAGCAAUGGACAAUCCGAAAGGUUGCACCGAAUGCUUCUGUUUUGGAAGAACAGCUUCUUGCCAGCAAGCUGGUCUCAGUUGGGGACAACGAAGAUUAACACGUCCACGAAUUCUUUAUCUCAACGACACUAACAACGACAUCGUAGUUUCCAAAUUUAGAUCUCAGAUUAUCUUAUCCCCUGUUAACGGUGGUUUGAACAUAACCAAUGGACUUUCCACGAUUUCUGAUGUCGAAGGUGAUGUCACUAUACCGUCAAACUUGUAUUACAAUUAUCCACUCUAUUGGAUGCUGCCCGGAUCUUUCCUCGGUGACAAGGUUGUGUCCUAUGGAGGAUUUUUGAGAUUCACAACCUCGACAGAAGGUGGAAUACCUCUGAGAUCAACUUUUCAAUAUCCAAUCGUGCAGUUACAGGGAAACAAUAAAAUUGUCUUAGAAUAUUAUUUACCCUCGCCAAUGAAUAACGAUCACUACGAAGUCAGAUUCCACGAGUCUUUGUGGCAGUUGCAAAAUAGACCUGAUUACAGAGUCACAAGAGAGGUACUUAUGGUUGCAUUGCAAAAUUUGCAAUACAUACUGGUGAAAGCUUCCGACAAUGCAGAAUUUACGAAAGCAACCUUACUUGAAGCUUCUUUAGACGCCGCAGUUCUAACACCCACGCACACUCCACCGUUCGCUACGGGUGUUGAAAUUUGCCAGUGUCCACCGGAAUACAACAGCACUUCCUGUCAAGAUCCCAGCAUCGGAUACCAUAGAUGGUAUAAAACGACAACAGUCACAUCUACCAUCGUUAUCGAUCUUAUCGGAGAAGCGAGACGUUGUCAAUGUAAUGGAAGAUCUACGAUCUGUGACAUAGAAACAGGACAUUGCUUGAAUUGUCGAGGAAAUACAACAGGGUCAAGAUGCGAUGUCUGCGCAGACAGUUUCUACGGACAUCCAGAUUUUGGCUGCAAACCGUGCCCUUGCCCACAAGUAGAUAAAAGAUUUUCAAACACUUGCAUGGUUCUUGCCGAUGCGGAACCGAUCUGCAUUUGUAAACCUGGAUACUCUGGUAGAAAAUGUGAGCGAUGCUCGUCCGGAUAUUACGGAUUUCCACAUUUUCCCGAUGGCAAAUGUACGCCGUGCAAUUGCAAUCCUGCUGGAAGUUGGAACGACGAAUGUGACACGGAAACGGGACAAUGCAGAUGCAGAGCUGGAUCUACGGGGCGUGAUUGCUCUGAAUGCACCGCGUAUCGCCACGUUUAUAUAAAUAAUGUCUGCACGUCGUGUAACGAUAAUUGUACCGGAAUACUACUCGACACCGUGGCUGUGCUUUCUCAAGAAUUAGCAGAAGGCACUACACACAUAGCCAAUGGUUACAUUCCUCCUCCAUGGGAAGAUUUAUCGCACAUUGACUCGAAUGCGACUGCUUUUUUCGAGGAUAUAGAUCUUCAGAAUACACUGAAACAAAGAAUGAAAAAUAUCCCCUGGCACGAUUACAAAAAGCUCACGAACAAUGUGGAAAUAUUGCUGAAAACUGCGAACGAACAAGCGAAGCGUGCAGACACUUUUAAAUCCAAGUCCAGCGAUUUGAAGAACAACAUGUUCAGCGGAAAAAUUGAAUUGGAUAAUCUUAGGAAACACAUCGAAGAUACGGUCUUUUUGUUGAAUCAGUACGGUAACGAUAAUAAGAGAAUAGAGAUCAAGAAGGCGUUGAAAACGGCGAAAAUGAUUUUGAACGGCAUGAAAGCCGUGAAUUUGUCGAAGAAGACGAUGGAAAUAGAAAACUUCCUCGAGGACGUCGCUGAAUACACUGAUUGGUUAAAUUCCUUGUACGACCCAACGGAACCAUUAGCGAUCGCCCAAGACGACGCCGAAGAAUAUUCUGAGAAAUUAAACGACAUGAGAAGUAUCAUAGAAGAUACAAUGGAAACACUCUUCACCUACGACGGUUUAUACAACAGUAUUAAUCAGACGCUUUUGGACGCUAGAAAUAAUUGCAACGAGGUCAAGAUACUGCACAAUAAAAGUAACGAAUCCGUUACCGAAGGGGAAAAGCUGACAAACGAAACGCGUGGUUUCAUUAUCGAUUUGCAAAAUAACAUUCAAGAUCUUCCGGAACUGCGUAACAAAUUAACAUACUGGUUUGAUAAAUUGAAUAUGAAGGAAGAACUGCUGUUCAGAUUAAAUUACGAAUAUAACGACACGUACGUGAUACCAGCAGUUGCACACGUGAAGAAUUUAUCGAACUACAUUGAUCAGUAUAUCAGUCUGUUUUCCGAAACAAGAAACAUCGCAGCUAGCCCGCUGAAGGCCAGUCAAGCGUACAAGAAUAUCGUCGAUAGCAUAAGAACUGCGAAUGUCACAGCGAUGGCAGCUAAAGAUAUUGCUGAAGAAACGUACAACAAGACAUUUCCCGAGGGCCCUAAAUCCAAGUCACUGUUGGAUACCGCUAAAGAAAUAUCGCUAGCAUCUACCGAACAAAGAGACAGCGCGAAGAAACAUAGGACGUUGGUGCAAGACGCGAGCGACGGAUUGGAUCUUGAGAAGGAAGCUGUGAAUACUUUGAAGAACACACUGAACACUACUGGAAUCAAAGAUAACGAGAUCAAUGUGAAAUUGCAGGGUUUGCAGAACGAUAGUAAGAAGUUACGUGAAAAUGUUUACACUAUACUGAACGAGAACGAAAAGGUGUCGGAAGACGUUAACAGUGCGCAGAGGCUCGUUGAAGAUUACAACGAAGGAAUUGCUGAUAGAUUGAAGCCGAAAUUGUACGAAUUGAAAAGAGAAGGCGAUUCGAAGAUUAGUUUGGCUAGUGAAAAGCUGACGGAAGCACUCAGCAACAUAAAGAAAGCAGACGCGAAGCUAAUAAGUCUGUCGAACGCUGCUGUGAAAAGGAAAAAUGAAUUCGACAAAUGGAACGACACUUUAGCUACGAAAUUGCAGAAACUCAAGGACAAAAUUGCCGAAGCCAGAAACACAGUAGACGGAAUUCGCGUUUCUUUGAUGUCAGCUGAUGAUAAAAAGUGCAUUCGAUCCUACAAACCGUCCACGUUGCAGCCAACAUCGACAAAUACAAUCGUGAUGACUUUUGCACUUCCGAAAGGAAAGAAAGAAGGCUCUCUAUUUUAUUUACCAAGCAGCGCAAACGACGAUUUUCUUGCUUUGGAGAUCUUCGACAGGAAAGUGAGAUUCAUUUGGAACGUUGGAGGAGGAACGGGAAUUCUUACUCAUCCUGAGGAGAUCAAGAGCGGUGAUUUUCAGGAUGAUAAGUUCUGGUACCGAAUUGAAGCUGAAAGGGUGCGUCACCUGGGUAAACUUCAAGUACGAAGACAAUCAUCUUUAACCGGAGGAUAUCCAGUGAUGAAUUCGACAAACUCUGAAUACGGUCGUUUCGAUAUAACCACCUUAGAUCGCGUCUGGAUAGGAGGAAUUCCAAGCUAUCAACGCAAAAGAAGCGAGCUGAUCUCGUCCAGUGGACUUCCAGGUUGUGUGCACCAAGUUAUUCUAGAUGGAAAACCCAUAGGUCUGUGGAAUUUCAUCUCAACUGCGGCGGAAAUGGCUUGCAAAGCUUGUGUGGAAGGAGUGGAAGAUCCUAGAGAUGACAUAGCGUACAGCUUCAAUGGAGAAGGCUAUGCAGUGAUAAACAGAGUUCCUUCAGGACCCUACAAUAAAUACACGUUUGGAGUGUCGAUUAGCUUCCGAACUUACGAUGAAAAUGCCUUGCUAUUUAUGGCUAUUAAUCCAGAAAAUUAUCAGCACAUCAUGAUAUUCCUGCUAGAGGGAAAAGUAAUCCUGCACAUUGGUUACGGUGGCAACAUCAGCAUGGAGAUGUCUUCGAAAUUCAAGCACAACACCGGAAACUGGACGAAAGUGGACGCGUCUAGGUAUUAUCAGCCGCGUAAAAACAUUGAAAAAUGUAGUCUAAGCAUCGGAGGAGAAGCGGACAAGAGAAUAGGCGCACCUGCGCCUCAGCCUAAGAAAGAAGACAUCCCUGAUUUCCUUCAGGCUAAAUAUUACUUCGGUGGUGUUCCACCGAGUUUCCGUGCAGAGAAAUUAAUGUUACCCUCUCAAGUCUCUUUCCUUGGGUGUAUGUCUAAUAUUAUUGUCGAGGAUGGCUACGAUCCAAUGGCGGAGCAGUAUUACGGAGUCGAGCCUACUUGUGGAAAUAAGCCAUUAAAAAUAGUAGGAUUUUACGGAGACGGUUAUUUGCAACAUACAGCGUUCACGCUGCAUAAAAGAAACUCUACGGUGAGUUUCUCGUUUAGAACGAUGCAGGAAGAGGCUGUGCUUCUUCUCUCUACUUUCGAAGGACAGGAAGAACGUGUCACUAAUAUUCGGCACGCGAAUGAAGAAUCAAAUAGAGAAAAUUAUUAUUCGGUGUGCAUAAUCAACGGACAAGUGCAAGUGCGUAUGAACGCCGGAAGAGGAGAGCUCCUUUUACAAUCGAACGACACUUUCAACGACGGAAGAUACCAUUCGAUAACGGUUAUCAAAAAACGAAAAGAUGUCGAAUUGCGAAUAGACGAUGCUUAUCAGACCGCAGGUAGACUACCCACCAGUGCGGCCAUCAGAGCUCCUGAAGGAAACGGAGGGCUGUUCUUCGGAGGCUUGCCGAUACUUAUUAAUAAUACGAAAAUGAUUGGUACCGUCACUCCUCUGUACGGUGCGAUCAGAGAUGCAAUAUUUGACGAUAGGCAAGUAAAAAAUAUAAGCUUUCCUGAGGUUAUCAGUUUCGAGCACGCACUUAUCGGUCGUCCUGGACCAAGCAUGGGAAGAGACCCUCCUAGUUACACAGCAUCGGCAUCACUCUCAAGAGGGUUGUCUACUCAACCAGAAGGGUGUCAAAAAGUACCCUACUACUCUUUAGAAGCUGGUGCUCUGAAAUUCGGAGACAAGCCGAAUAGUCACACCCAGCUGUAUUUAAAUUUUAAAAAAUUUUGGGAGAAGAAAUACGCCAUAGAAUUUGAUUUCCGGACCUAUUAUCCAAAUGGCCUGUUGUUUAUCACUCCAGGUUUAAGACCCAAGCACUACCUCAUGGUCGUAAUACGAGACGGGCAGCUUCUGCUGUUGGUGAAGAGCAAAGUUAAAAAGGAAAUGCAAUUUAGAACACCAUUCAACGAUGGUAAUUGGCAUCAUGUAGUGAUUAGUCACGACGAGAGGAAAUUAACGUUACUCGUGGAUUCCCAAACGCCACGUACAAUUAAAGUGCCGAGAAAGAUUGGAUUGGCUUCUAUGAUGUAUAUUGGAGGGCUACCUGAGAGUGGGACACUGAUACCUGAACAAGUUGUGGUGAAACUUGAGACACUGAAAGGGUGUAUCAGAGGGUUGAGGAUUAAUGGAAAUGUGUACGAUAUGGUUGGUUCCACGAGCAGAGCGUAUCAAGUGGGACAGUGUUUCCCAAAUGUUGAAAGUGGAGCUUAUUUCCAAGAUGAAGCAUAUGCUAUAUACAAGAGAAAUUUUGAACUGGGUGCUGUAUUGGAACUUCAAUUGGAAUUCAGAACAUCAGAAUUGUCGGGCGUUUUACUUUCAAUAACGGCACCUGGCAAUUCACCUUCAUUGUCAUUGGAGCUAAAUAAUGGUAAAGUGAUCAUGUCGGGCGACCUGGGAGACAACAAUCCGUUGUAUGUAGAACAACGUUUCACUAGUCCAUACACAAUUUGUGACAAUCAAUGGCACAGAAUACAAGCAGUUUAUAAUGAUGAAGAGUUGGCCCUGAAAGUUGAUGAGAUGGAUCAAAAGUAUGGCCUUCCGGCCAACGUCAAUUAUCAUAUAAUGGAUUCUACAGUCUCUGGACCUUUAUACAUUGGUGGUUUGCCAGCCUCUGCUCCAAAAGGAACAUUAAUAACAAGGGAUCAUUUCAAUGGAUGUAUAAGAAAUGUGAUGAUAGGGGGAGAGAGACGAGAUUGGACAGACAUGGAUGAGUUACAUAAUAUUCACUUGAGCUCCUGCCCAGUACAAUGAUAAUCAGUACAAUGUGUGAACUCCUCUGAGUCAUUCAAUUUAGUUCCAAAGACUGUUCAAAGGAUGCACAAUGCUCGAAACGUUUCUAUGAACUGUGUUCAAUGCAAUUUCACACCGAGAUCAAGUGCCAUAUCAUGAUGGGAAAUUCUUUAAUCAUUAAGACAUAAGAUUAAACCAAGCCAAGAGAUGCUAACAUGCAAAUGCAUGAAAUUUACAUCGAUGUUUCUCAAACUUGUUUUUAUUGCUGCCAAAUCUCACGGUAACAAAUUC